AUGGGCUGCAAGACCGUGCCUCUAGCCCGGUUCUGGAGAGAACUGGUCACAAUCCUGCCGGAGAUUGCAAAGUCUGAGUAUGUGGCCAUCGACUUUGAAAUGACCGGCAUCGAACCUCGUCGCGCGUCAAAGCUUCACAAGCCGACAAAGGACGAGAUCUACCAGCGGGCCAAGCAGGCAACCGAGACGUUCAACGUGGUGCAGUUUGGCAUCACCUGCAUUGUUUUUGACGACGAAGAGAAAGACACAGUUCAUCUCAAGUCGUACAACUUCAACGUGUCGCCCAUGUUUGACACCGCCUUCAGUGGUGUGGACACCAUCGCACGCACGCUGGACCGCACACUGACGCUCUCGUACAAGACGCUGAUGUUUCUGAGGCGCAGCCGCAUCCGCAUCGAAGAUGCCUAUGACGGUGGAAUCUAUUACCUCAGUCGGGCGGAGGAGGCGGAGCUGCUGCCCGAGCUGUUUGCCACGUCAACGCAUGGUCGGAGCGACGACAUUCUGCUGGAUGAACAGAAGCCGGAGACAAUGCAAUUCUACCACGAUACGGUGGACCAAAUUCGGAGCUGGGCGGAAAAGGAGGAAGAACCGGAUCGACUGUCCUACCUCAACAUAGUCAACCCGCACCAAGGCCCGUUGACGCGUUUCCAGCGUCGUCUGGUCUACCAGAUGCUCGAUACCGAGUUUGGUGGCAGGUACAGGGCGACUGUCAACGGUAACUUCUUUAUGCAAAUCACGGAAAAGGAUACUGAAAACGAGACCAAGGAACAACUUGAAAAGACUAGCAAUUUAAAGAGGGCUGUUGCUUUUCAGCGCGGUCUUCGGUACAUUGCCGAAGCCCUUGUUGGCGGCGAUUUUGCGAACGACGUCUGGAGCAUGUACAAGCAGGACAGCGCAAUGGUCGAGCCUGGCUGUGAGGCACGUCUCCGAGAAAGUGAGACCAAAUUAAAGGAAAAGAGGCCUGUUCUCGUCGGUCACAACAUGUUUCACGACCUGUGCUUUUUGCAUGCCACAUUUUUCAGUCCGUUGCCCGACACACUCGACGAGUUUGACCGCAUCGUGCAUGAAUUGUUCCCGCGUAUCAUAGACACGAAGCACAUACUCAAGCGCGACGACAACGAAAUGAUGCCGUCGAAAAGCCUCGAGGAGGCGUUUGUUGACAUUGAGGGGGUUAGUUCGCCUUUCAAAAUUGCCGGCGAGAGAGCCGGCCACACAGACAGGCUGCAUCAUGUGAACGAGCACCAGGCCGGCCAUGACAGCUAUAAAACGUCAAUGGUCUUUCUCAAAGAGAUGUGGAGACGGGUCGACUCGACGAAGAAAGGCACCUAUGCACACAAGUUGCUGCUGUGGGAGAACAGCCUCGUCAAAGGGUUUGCGAACAAGGUGCGGCUGGGCAACGCCGGGCUCUGGCCUGUUGGGCAAAUGGGAGAGUGUGACACAAUGGCGAAAUAG